UGUAUCUAUUCCCUAGAAAAGAAGAGAGAAAAAAUGGAACUUCACACUAUCCUUCUCUUGUGCAUCUCCCUUUUUUGCUGGUUCUUCUUUAAAACAUAUCUCCAUUCUAAAUCCAGAAAGCUACCCCCUGGUCCUACUGGUUUCCCCAUAAUCGGUUCACUACUAGAGCUAGGUUCAAAACCUAAUCAUUCACUAGCCAACCUAGCCAAAAUCCAUGGCCCUCUCAUGACUCUAAAACUCGGUUCAGUCAUUACCAUAGUAGCCUCCUCACCUGAAACAGCCAAAGAAAUCCUCCAAAAACACGACAAAACAUUAUCAGCACGCACUGUUCCCGAUGUUAUAACCGCACAACCAAAUCCAGAAGCCACCUUAGCUUGGGUCACAGGCGACAAGUGGAGAAACAGAAGAAGAAUAUGUAGCACACAAAUGUUCACUAACCAAAGACUCGAUUCUCUGCAAGAAAUACGUCACGAGAAGGUUGCACAACUAGUGAAUCAUAUGAGAAAGCAGUGUCAAAGCGGUGCAGCUGUUGACGUAGGACACGUUGCUUUCGCGACGACGUUGAAUUUAAUGUCGAACACUAUUUUCUCUAUUGAUUUGGUUGACCCGGAAUUCGAGACGGCUCAAGAGUUUAAGGAUUUGGUUGGGACAAUCAUGGAGGAUUCAGUGAAACCUAACUUGUCUGAUUAUUUCCCGAUUAUACGGUGGCUUGAUUUACAAGGAGUGAAACGUCAUAUUAAGCCAGCAUAUUUAAGGUUGCAUGAGAUAUUUGACCAACUAAUUGAGAAGAGAGUAGAAGAUAGAGCGUCAGGAAUGAAGAAAACAGGAGAUUUCUUGGAUGUACUUCUUGAUCAAUGUGAAGAAGAAGGGUCUGGAUUUGAUCGCCAAACUAUCAAGCCUCUUAUCCUGGAUUUAUUCCUUGCUGGAAGUGACACGUCCGCCAUAACAACAGAAUGGGCAAUGGCAGAACUUCUUCGAAAUCCUCAAAAGUUACAGAAAGUAAGAGAAGAAAUUCUUCAACAAAUAGGCACAGAAAGGCCAGUGAAAGAAUCAGACAUUGACAAACUUCCAUACCUUCAAGCAGUUGUAAAAGAAGUCUUGAGACUACACCCAGCAGCUCCAUUACUCUUACCACACAAAGCUCAAGAAGACACAGAAAUAUUCGGUUUCAUUGUGCCCAAGAACAGCCAAGUUCUCGUAAAUGCAUGGGCAAUUGAGAGAGAUCCAAAAUACUGGGAAAAACCACUAGAGUUUCUGCCUGAAAGAUUCAUCAAAUCAAGUGUGGAUUACAAAGGAAGGGACUUUGAGUAUAUACCAUUCGGCGCCGGCCGGAGAAUUUGUCCUGGAAUGCCACUUGCUAUAAGGACGGUGAAUUUGGUGUUGGCUUCUAUUGUUCAACCAUUUAGUUGGAAGUUACCAAAAGGGAUGGCACCAGAGAAUUUGGAUAUGGAGGAACAAUUCGGACUUACUUUGAGGAAGGCCAUUCCUCUUCUUGCCAUUCCUAGUAUGGAAGAAAAUUAAAUAAGGCCAUGAUUUGAGUCGACAUAUGCUAUUUGCCUCUGUAAUAUCUUAAUGGGAUUGUCCUAAUAUGAGAAAUGAGUUUGUGAUUGUGAGAAAUAUACUUAUGUAAAAUAUGGAUGAUA